AUGACUAUCCAGUGGACUCUCGCUGCUGGCUUUCUGUACACUGAGAUCGGUGUUCUUUUGUUGUUCUGUCUUCCUUUUAUUUCGGCCAAAAGGUAAGGUUUUUGAAUAGGGAGAAUCUGAAAACUUGCAGCUCUAGUCGAUCGAGUGUCACAUGGAUUUACGCUGGUUUCGCCCUGUUUCCUUUUCUCCCCGAGUAACUUCGACCCGUGUCUACUUCAAGUUCGCUUUAUCAUAUGUGUAUUUUUAUGUCUAACUUACAUUUAAUGUGCUUUAACAUUUGUAUUCAUGCAACAGAUUUAUAUUUAAAGGUAUUUACGGAAACAUACGGAGACAAGAAUUGUGUAGAUUUUGUGCAAAAUAGACAAUUUUUCGAACGUAUCUUUAUGUUCAUGUACAUGUACAUGUACCAAGGAUGUGCAUAGUAUUUUUUGUGUUUUGCUUAAACAUAAUGCUUUGAUAAUGCUUUUAUUAUAUAUGUUUGUGAUAUGUUUGAAUUUAUUUAUUAUGUAUCAGUCAUAUGGCGAGUCGAAAUUGAAUUUGAUGCGGGGCGAAGUUACUGGAUCGAAAAUGAAAUGGGGCGAAACUGGCGGAUACCGUCACAUGAAAGAUAACAUUAAUGCAGAGCUUCCACCUUGGCGUUGAUCAUUUCAAUGAAUGAUUAAUACUUUUGCAUUUUGUAUUUUAGAUGGAAUCAACUUUUUAACUCCAGGUUCGUGGCUGCUUUGUUUGCGUAUGGAAAUUUCUACUUCAACGUCAUUGCGUUAGUGAUGGCUCUACUUUUACUAGGUAACACAUUUAAUUUUGACGUGCAAAUGAUUCGUGCUAUGUUAAUAGCGCAUUUACAAAACUAGCCAGCGUUUAAACGAUCCAUACUACACUCUGCCAUCUGUGUUGAACAAGAUUAGCCUAUAAAGAGACUAUGCUAUGCUAUCAGAAUCUAAUUUUACAUAGUUCCAUGCCAAAGUCUGCAUUUGUCAUCAUACAGUAUGUAUUUCUGUCAUGCUUCCGGGAUGUGCCCAAAGUGAAAGAGGAAUUGUUCAGUAGCUUUCCUUGAUCAAAGAAAACCAACUAGUGAAAAGCCAAGAAAAAAAUGUCACUUGUCAUUCCUGAGUCACAUGUAUUGCAAAUUUUGGGAAUCUUUUAAGCUAAUCUUGCCUUCAACGCAUAAGUUUAUCUUGAUGUUGAGUCAUCCUUACUAUUUAUAGUGAAGAUGUACCUUGAUUGAAAUGUUAAUUGGAUUUUCACACAUGAUGCAAUUAUCAACAGACCAGAAACAAUCAUCAACCUAUUUAGAAAGACUGCAGUAAAUUUCACAACAAAUAAUCAGAUAUUUUCCAUAAGUGGGUAUUAUGCAAUCCUGUUUGUAGACCACCACCCAACCAAUAUUUCCAGUUGAUUUGAGAUUCAAUUGUCCAAUCAUACUUAUGACUAUUAUCAAUAAAGUAUCAGAAAAACCAUUGUGUUACUUUCUAUUUCUAAUCCAAAUUUUCCCAUGAAAUGCUAUUUUGAAGAAAUUUUUGGUUAUGUGGUAUUGAAACUGAAGUGUAGACAUUGAUGUAUGUCUUGAGUGGCUACAGGACUCUCUUACCCUUAAAGAUGGAAUCCCUUCUAACCAAAUAAGACAUAGCCUUUGUAUGUAAACUGAAUUUACUCUAAUCAUGGCUGGCUGGUACUUUUUAGCAUGUCAUUCUGAAAAUAUGAAAGUUAACCCUUAACCCCUAAGAGUCUUUGGCUUCUAAUUUCUUGUUACAGUAUCACCCUUGAAUCAAUUAUAAAGUUCAUGAGAAUAAAGGAAAUGAUCUCCCGUUUAAGAAGCUCCAGAUUAUUAAACAAAUUCUCCUUGUCGGUACCACAGGAAAAUUAAGGAGAACAGUGGGGAGAAUAUGAAAACUAAUUUACUGGAGUUUAAUUUUAUUUAUCCAGUUUAAGCUUAAUGUUAUUUCCUAAUCUCAGUGUGAUAGACAGCCAACAGAAACCAUUAGCCAAAAAAAAGUGUUGAAACCAUCAAAAUUAGUCUUGCAUUUUCAUGAAUUUACUAUUUUUUAGAUUCAAUUCGAGAAACCAGAAGGUACAACAAGAUGGAGUCAGCCUCUCAAGUUGACUUACACAACAAUCCUCAGGCUGAAAUCAUGGCUCAGAUGAAAUUGUUUCGUGCACAGCGUAAUCUGUACAUUUCUGGAUUUUCCCUGUUUCUUUUGAUGUAAGAUAUGUUAUUAAGUAUUUACCUUAAAACUGAUAGAAAUGAUUGCAACAGAACUUCUCCUUGCUAUAUCACCAUAUUAUCCAGUAAAUAGGAAAUGAGAGUUGAGGAAAGUAUCAGCUACAGUAAGUGGUUAUUUUCUAGCAAGAGCACAUGAUUCUUUUGACUAAGUUUUAAUGAAAAUUUUAAUGGUUAGAAUGGUUAACUGCUUAUUGCAUCUUUGGAGUUAAAGAGUUUUAUGAUUACUUUUGAAAAAACAUGAGUCAGGCAAUAGGUAUGUUGAGAAGCAUUUAACUUGAGUUUGAGCCUAAAACUCUGCCUUGGAUCUCAUGGUUGAAAGUUUAUAUAUCAAGAUAGGAAUGCUGAACUAUAAAUGGUAAAUACUGCAAGGAAAAAUUAAAGAAUUUAACAUCACUUACCUGAAAAUUAUUAGUCUACAAGAUAAUACUUUUUUAUCAUGGAAAAGUAAGGAAAUUUUGGAAAUCAAUUUCUGUGGUAAUUAUAAAUUUUAACCUUGUUACCCUUCACAGAGUGCUACGUCGCGUUGGAAAGCUUCUCUCCAAAAAUUCUGUUCUUGAAGCUUCCAAUGAAGCCAGUCUGCGUCAAGCACAAAAUGUGUCUCAGCAGUGCGAAAAGUUGAUGGAGGAAAAUAAUGAACUUAAAAAGGUAAUGUUGAAAGGUAUGUGCAAGGUGGGUCUUGUGUGUCGUAUAGCAAUCUAGCAAAGAAAAAUUGAUAACCAUGUUUUGUGUAUAAAAGAAAGAGCCUCAUGAAAACUUCAAGAACUGCUGAGCUCCUUUGAAAGCACUGAAAAAAGGUGGGAACAUAUUUGCCCUAAAUCUUUCAAUUGUGGUUUUAUUAGACAGGACUAAUCAAGCAGAAGAAUUUUGUGCACAGAUGACAUAGACUUUGUAGAAAAAGAUAUGUUUCUUUCAUUUGUUUAUAACUGUUAAAUCUCUCUUAAAAAGGCCAUAGAAGGCACAGAAGGAAAAACAGAGACAAAGACAGAGACAAAAGAUGAAGAUAAAAUGAACCAAGAGCUGAAAGAAUUGAGAGAAGCCUUGGAAGAUAAAUCCAAGAAGCUUUCAGAACGAUCUGAAGGUGCUGCUAAGUAUGACACUUUUUAACAAGGGGGGGGAGGGGAGGGGAGGGGAGGUCAAAUUGUCUUUAACCCUUUAGCCCUUUCACUUCUAAGAUCUGAAUAUGUAUUCUCUAUACUGUUUGUCCAAUAUUUCUUUAAAAUUUUGCUCUGAGAAUUUAUUUGCCCUCAGUUAAAGGCUUUUUUUUUCAUGUCUCAUUGCCUUUCUGCACUUAAAUGUAUGGAUACCUUAAGCAGAAAUUUGACUGUUUAAUGGUUGCUCCAGGGAGGUGAACUUCUCCUUACAAUUUCUAAACAUCACCCAGUGGAGUGGUAAUGAGAAGACACAACCAAUCAGUUGGAGGGUCCAAUAUGUAAACAAUCCUCACAGUCAUGAAUAUUACUUAACUAGCAGUGAAAAUAAGGCCUGAAAAAAAUUCAGGCCAGUACAGGAUUUGACCCAUGACCUCUGCAAUACCGGUAGCUCUCUACCAACUGAGCUAACAAGCCAACUGGGAGCUGGUCAUCAUGUUCUCGAGUUCCUUACUUUUCACUACUGGUUAAGUAGUUUUUAUAACUACAAGGAUCACUUUCAUUUUUGUUUCUUCAACCACAGUUCACAUAUAUAUGAUUUUCGUAUAUUUGCAGCCAUUUAUUCAGUUGAAGUGUGUUAUCAUGAUAUGCUAUCAAAUAAUUUUCAAGGAACUGUGUAUUCAAGCAGCUAGAAGGAAGCCCCCAAAUAUCAGUAUGCAUUUUCUCAGUACUGUUCUCUGCACAUUUCUUAAAGUGCUGAUAAAGGAAUUUGUUUAACAGUCAAGAGCUUCUUUUGUUGGUGAUCAUUUCCUUAACCAUUUGAGUGACCAAGACAGAAUUUCUCCUUACAAUAUCGAUGCAAUAUCAAACAGACAAGUUAUGAGAAUAAAGAAAAAUAUCAAUUAGGGAGUUAUAAGUUCAUCCAAUGCCAAAUUCUCCCAACUAACAUCACAAGAACUGUAUGGCAGACAGUAAGGAGAAUUACUAAUGUGAUCUUGGGAAUUAAAGGAUGAAUGAGUGAUUUUGGGGUAAUAUUGUGAGGAGAAAAUAGAUUUUGGUCACCUUUAUGGGCAAAUGUUAGUGGUUUACUGUUAUAAAACCAUAAAACGAAAAUCAAGAUAAUUACAACAGCCCAGUAGUAAAGAAGUAUCGUAAGGAGCCAAUCAGAACUCAAAAAUUAAACAAGAAAACUGCCUGAAGCUUAGGAAACGUGUGUGAAUACAUCACAGUUGACCUUCUCUGGUUUGGUUUUCAUCCCGGCAGAGCUUGAAAGGACAAAGAAAGAUUUGGCUGCGUUGAAAGAACAGGCCGCAGGACUGACACGGGAAUACGACAGGCUUUUGGAGGAACAUGCCAAAGCUCAGGUGGGAGGGGAGAGUAGGGAGAUGGAUGUUAAUUUAGCCAGGGAGCCGGCCCUUGUUACUUGGGCUGCAGGACGCGCCUUUCUCUGCCCGCAAGAAGAUUUGGGACGAGUCGGGGAGAGAUUUACCUGGGGUCUGGAACUUAUAAUAAGGGUCUGAAAGGACGCCACUGUUUUUUUUCAUCAUCUGUGUUCGCCCACGAAUGCAGCAUUCUGAUUGGUGGAAAAUGACCGGUCCUGUCAUUUUGACAUAAACUAGUACUUUAUAUCGAUGAUCAAACGCAGACCUCACGCCAACUUGUUACUUGUUCAAGGCCUCAUACCUUCCGCA